AUGCUAAAUUUGUUAUUCUUUUCUGCUAUUACAAUUCCACCAGCAAAUGAUCAAAACGACUCUUUAGUUCCGGCGAGGGGAAUUUUCGUAACAGACCUCUCAGUGCAGGCAGCUUUUAGGGGCUUGAACCAGAUAAGAAUAGGCGAUCAGGUGUUGGCUAUCAACUCGGUACCAAUUUCCUCAUGGGGUGCCGGACGCUUAAUCCAGCCAAGUUCUGCUUCUACUUCUGCUCUGGACCACAAUAUCGCUGCUACCUCACCCACUGGCCAAGGCAAGCUAUCACUAAUGAACUCGUUAGCUAACCCGGCUAGGGAACUCCAAUCAUCGAGCUCCAACAGUAUGACUUGCAAACCUGAUGUGUUCGAGACACUUGAGAAAACGCUUGGUUGUCCAGAUAGUGGCCUGCUUACUUUUGCGCGCUCUCUGCUAACACGAUCAACCCGCUCGCCUCAAUUACGUGUCUUUCGUCUGCCCGGAAAUACCCGGGAGAUGCACCGGUUGCUGAAACAUGGUGAGUCUAGGCCUAUGCUAUAUAAUUACUUUAACCUAUUCAACCAGUAUAAAUUGCCUAAUGUAAUAUAA